AUGAAGGCUCAGAAAUUUUCCAAGGCUUCGUUACUGGAUGAUGAGGAUGACUACUCAACUCAGCUUGACAGAAUUCUUGCUCGGAGGAAGAAGAGUCAGAAGGAAGACUCUGGAGAUCUAGAUACGAUUUCUUUUGGCUCCUUAUCAAAAGCUCAAGCAAGAUUACAAACUGAGGAGAGAGAAUCCAAGAAGAAGGUAAAAAAAGUCAAGAAACCGAAAGUAUUGAAGAAACAGGAAGAAGAUUUUCAACCUCCCAGUGACAUUUCUGAUGACGGUGAGUUUUUUGAAGAGCCAUCUCAAGACCAUCAAAGUCGAACUUCAGAUAGGCAUUCCAAGGAGGAACCUAGAUCUAAAAGUAAGCACGCACCCUCAGAGUCUAGUGCUAAGAAGAGAGUGUCAAAGGUGAGGGAGAUUCCUGGACUCUUGAACGGUUCUGGCUCAAGUUCAUUGUACCAGGAUGUCAGAUUCGAUACAGCGUUUGGUAAAGCAGAUCUCCAAAAGGCUAGAGAAAACUACAAAUUCUUAGACGAAUAUAGGGAGAAAGAGAUUACUGAGCUGAAUAAAAUUCUACAAGACGAUAUGACCGAGCAGCUAUUAAGUGAACGAGAGAUCAAUACAAUCAAGUAUAAGAUUCAAUCUCUCAAGUCCAGAGUAGACACAUUGAAGAACAGAGACCUGGAAAACGAAAUUGUGAGAGACUACAAAAGGAAUCAUAAGAAUUUCUUCUUGAAAAACAGUGACAAAAGAAAGUUAGUUCAAAAAGCCAAGUUCGAUUCGAUGAAGCCAAGCCAAAGAGAAAAGGUUAUCGAAAGAAAAAGAAAGAGACAACUGGGUAGGGAGUUCAAGCAGUUAGAGUUUAACCAGAAAUGA